AUGUGGUGCUCUAUGGAUCCAAAUGUGUUACCAGAAAUAUUUCUUUUCUCUUUUGCAGAAAACACGACCUCGCAUUGCGUGGGAUGCGGUGGCCGAAUACACGACCAAUGGAUCUUGCGAGUUGCACCGAAUCUGGAAUGGCACGCCGCCUGUUUGAAAUGCGCGGAGUGUCAACAAUUUCUGGACGAGCACUGCACCUGUUUCGUACGAGAUGGAAAAACUUAUUGCAAGCGCGACUAUGUCAGGCUGUUCGGGACAAAGUGCGACAAGUGCAGCGAGUGCUUCAGCAAGGACGACUACGUAAUGAGAGCAAGGAGCAAGAUCUAUCACAUCAAGUGUUUCCGGUGUUCAGCCUGCAUGAGGCAGCUAGUUCCUGGCGACGAAUUCGCCCUGAGACAGGACGGCCUUUUCUGUAGACACGAUCACGACGUGCUCGAGGGUGGGAAGCUUUGCUCCGGUCCGGGCGGUGUUCCUGGAAACGAGAACAACAACAACGCGUCCCUUAUGAAUAAUAAUCAUCAUCUGCAUCCGAACGACGGCUCGAUAUCAGACUCCGGGUCUGAAAGCGGAUCGCACAAAGCUGGCGUGGGUGGUACUCGAGGAUCGGGCGGCCAUAAAAGCGGCGGCGGUUCUGACGGCAAACCAACCAGAGUCCGCACUGUUCUAAACGAGAAACAGCUUCACACACUGAGGACCUGCUACGCCGCGAAUCCGCGGCCGGACGCGUUGAUGAAGGAACAAUUGGUCGAGAUGACCGGCUUGAGUCCACGUGUGAUCAGGGUAUGGUUCCAGAACAAACGGUGCAAAGACAAGAAGAAAACUAUCGCCAUGAAGCAACAGAUGCAAGAGAAGGAUGGCCGUAAAUUAGGCUUUGGCGGAAUGCAUGGAAUUCCCAUGGUGGCUAGUAGUCCCGUGAGACACGAGAGCUCCAUAGGAAUAACACCGCUAGAAAUUCGAACUUAUCAACCACCGUGGAAAGCACUUACAGAUUUCGCCUUACAUACCGAUUUGGACAGGCUAGAUCCCAACAACCCUUCUUUUCAGCAUCUGGUAUCACAGAUGCACGGCUACGAUCUCCACAGCGGACCACCACAAUUACCACCGCCAGGGAUGCUCGGUGGGCCAAUGAAUGACGGUGGAGGCGGCGGGGGUGGCGGUUCUUUACCAGCCCCCGGACCACACCAUCCGAGUAGCGGCGGGCCAGACAUGGGCCAACACCCCGACAGCACGGAUAGCUAUGUAACUUACCUGGAAAGUGACAGUGACUCUCUUCAUCACGAUACAGGAAGUCCAUAGUGUUGUGCAGUGUGGCCAGAACGAAAGUGUCCGCUUUCUUCGUGGUCUUCUUUCAAUAAGUGCUUGAAGAGAAUCGUAGUCUGCGAGAACAAGUAGGGUGAUUGACGAACGGCUGAAAACGGAACAAAAAAAAAAAAAUCAAUUGAAAAGUUGCUGCUUUUUUUCUUCUGCAGACGAAGCUCGACUCUUUCGCGUUCAACGACCCCUCCCCCAAAAGAUAUUGUACCUUCGUUCGCGUAACAUUGCGUAGCUGGAUUUUGCAAGUGUAAUUUCGUUUGUUUUUCUCGGGAAAAAAAAACAGCACGAGUUUGUAAACCAUAAAUUUAUAAUUUGUGAGUAAUGAUUCCUCUUGACACAGUUUCGUAAAACUAGGAGGGACUCCUCAAGGGAUUAAUUUGAUCGUAUUAUCGAAGAGGAUCGCACAGGUUAAAUAUCUUUCGGGUUUUAGUAGAAAUUUUAUUUUUGCGGUGUUCUUCGAUAAAGUGAAAGUUAUGAUCGAUCGAGCAAGAUCGAUAGAAGUUUCGCAUUUGAUAUGGUUAUUAUUAUAAAUGGUUUCUCGAAAUUACUUUCGAUCGAAGCUCUCGCGCGAAAGGGUUAAGAAGCAUCGAUGUUUUCAAUAAAAACAAACUGCAAGAAUUAUAAGAUUUGCAGGAACAUGAACUUAAUGAGUGAGCGGAAAGUCAGAACUGAUUGAAAUUGUUAUCGUUAUGUCGACACAGGAGCAAUCGAAAAUUAUAUAUUAUACAGAGUGUUUCGUAACUUGUGGGACUUGCUUUGGAAGCUGAUUGUACCCCUAAAAAUAAUGAAAAAAAAAAGUCAUAUAAAUAUAUGAUUUUUUCGUAUCCGAAAAUUAAUAGCGGGUUCC